GACACAGAGAUAAAAUUCACGCUGUGUGUGAAUGACACUGGCAAAAUAUCCUUCCCUAUCUUAUCAGCUGGGAGAGCCGGCCCGGUCCAGAGGGCAGGCCGGUGAUAAGCCAGGUGGAACCGAGACCCAGGAGAGCCGCACAGGUGCAGCAGAGCCCAGGCACGCAGAAGGGAUGGAGGACGCAGGGCCAGGGACCCCUCCGCCCGCCCCGCCCAGGGAGCGGUUCUCGUCCACACUGCUGCUGGCAGCUGUAAGUGCGACCCUGGGCUCCACCUUCCAGUACGGCUACAAUGUCUCCGUCCUCAACACGCCGCACCAGGUCUUGAAGUCGUUUUUCAACGAAACCUACCUGGAGCGCUAUGGAGUACCCCUGGACGAGCCUGCCAUGCUGCUGCUCUGGUCCUGCACGGUGUCCAUGUUCCCGCUGGGCGGCCUGCUGGGCUCGCUGCUGGUCGGGCCGCUGACAGAUCGGUGCGGCAGGAAGGGAGCCCUGCUGAUCAACAACAUCUUCGCCGUGGUCCCCGCCCUCCUGAUGGGCGUCAGCGGCGUGGCCCGGGCCUACGAGCUGAUCAUCGUGGCCCGUGUGCUGCUGGGAAUCUGUGCAGGCACCGGCUACAACAUCCUCCCCAUGUACCUGGGCGAGCUGGCCCCCCAGGACCUGCGCGGGAUGCUGGGGACCAUGACCGAGAUAUCCGCCAUCGUCGGAGUCCUGCUGGCACAGAUCCUCAGCCUCCAGGCCAUCCUGGGCAAUGCCACAGGCUGGCCGGUGCUCCUGGCCGUCACCGGGGUCCCCGCGCUGCUGCAGCUGCUAUCCCUGCCCUUCUUCCCUGAGAGCCCCCGCUACACCCUGAUUCAGAAAGGAGACGAAGAGGCGGCCAGGAGAGCUCUGCGCAGGCUGAGACGCGGCGGCGACCCAGAGGCCGAGCUGCGGGGCAUGCGCACCGAGGAGCAGGCGGAGCGCGCCGCGGGCCCGGUGUCUCUGCGCCGCCUUGUGGCGCAGCGGGCGCUUCGCUGGCAGCUCGUGUCCGUCGUCACGCUCAUGGCUGGCCAGCAGCUGUCGGGGAUCAACGUGAUGGUUUACUACACAGACACCAUCUUCGUGUCUGCUGGCGUGGACCCCACACAGUCCCAGUAUGUGACAGUGGGCACUGGUGUGGUCACCCUGGUGAUGACCAUCAUCUCCGCCUUCACCAUCGAGCGCUUGGGACGGCGUCUCCUCCUGCUGUCCGGCUACUCCACCUGCUGCUGUGCCUGCCUGGGGCUCACCCUGACACUGCUUUUCCAGAGCACGGUCCCAGAGCUGUCCUACCUGGCCAUCAUCUGUGUCCUGGUGUACAUCAUGGGACACGCCAUCGGGCCCAGUCCCGUGCCCUCGGUGGUGAGGACUGAGCUCUUCCUGCAGUCCUGGCGGCCGGCCGCCUUCACGGUGGACGGGGUUGUGCACUGGCUCACCAACUUUGUCGUGGGCCUGGUGUUUCCGUCCAUGCAGGCUGGCAUUGGCGCCUACUGUUUCAUCAUCUUCGCGGGCCUCUGUGCCCUCACCGCCUCCUACAUCUACAUGAUUGUCCCUGAGACCAAGGGCAAGUCGUUCGUGGAGAUCAACCGCAUUUUCGCCAAGAGGAAUGGCGUGGAGAUUCCGGAGGAGAAAGGAGGAGUCGCUGGCCUGGGGCCUCACCCACCCACCACACUCACGGAGACGGCCCUUUAGAGGGUAGCGCGUUCCGGGCCCUUCUUUGAGAAGAGGGGUCACAGCAGUGAGACCUUUGUACCCCAAGGAACACAGAGUCUCUGGGGGGAGUGACGGGAUGGUGGCAGGUGUGUGGUGUGUGUUAUUAAGACCCAACUCCUUGCCAGGCUUGGUGGCGAACCCCUAUGAUCCCAGCUACUUGGGAGGCUGAGGCAAUAAGAUCACCAGUUUGAGGCCAAAUUAGUAAGAGCCUGUUUCAAAGCAGAAUAAAAAGGGGUGGGGGAUGUAGCUCAGUGGGAGGCCCUGGGUUCAAUCCCUGAUAGAACAAACACAAACA